CCCCACACCUCGUCCCUCACCUCCCCCAACCUUCGGAGUUCCCUCUCCCUAAGCUUGAUUCCCCAUGGCUCAGAAGGUGAUACUGAAGGUGUUGGCCAUGGCGGACGACAAGACGAAGCAAAAGGCCAUCGAAGCCGCCGCUGAUAUCAUCGGGGUGGACUCGAUAGCGGCGGAUUUGGCGGACCAGAGGCUGACGGUGAUAGGGCAGAUGGACAUGGUGGCGGUGGUGAAGAAGCUGAAGAGGGUGGGGAAGGUGGACAUCAUAUCGGUAGGACCAGCGGUGGAGGAGAAGAAGGAAGAGAAGAAGGAGGAGAAGAAAGAGGACAAGAAGGAGGAGAAGAAGGAGGCGGCCCAAGUGGAGAAGAAAGAAGAACAAAAAGUUGUGGAGAACAAAUGAGAAUGUGACAUGAGUGAUCCUCAUUGGUCAAUCCCCUAUCGCUAGAUUUUACUUUUCUCUCUUUUGUUCUUGUCUUAAUGAUGCUCAUGCGAGAUGAGAAUCUCCUGUCACAACUUAAACGAAAUUUAGAUGAACGGCAUGUAUUAACUU